AUGCGUAGUUUAAACCCACUACAGCUCCUCCCCCUCCCGCUCCUCCAAAAUCAUAAUAUCCGCCUCCUCUUCCUCCAGCGAUUCAUCCGUCUUGCUGCCUAUGGCUCCAGUACCCUAAUCCUCGCGCAAUUUUUCAGCGCCUUACACCACCCCACAGCGCUCACUGGUCUGUUCAUGACGCUGACGCUCUACGGCGAUGUCCUCAUCUCUCUUCUCCUAACGCUCUUUGCAGACCGCCUCGGGCGGCGCAAGAUACUACUCCUCGGUGCGGCCCUCAUGGCGAUGUCAGGGGUUACCUUUGCAACAGCUUCUAACUACUGGAUCCUUCUCCUUGCGGCCAUCGUCGGCGUUGUGUCGCCUGCUGGGAAUGAGAUCGGACCAUUCAAGGCCAUUGAGGAGUCUGUGACUGCGCAGAUUGUUGAUCCGGCAGGGCACACAGAGGUUUUUGCGUGGUAUACGCUCGUGGGUGCUUUGGGAAGCGCGCUGGGAAGUGUGGUGUGUGGGUGGGUGGUGUGGUGGAUUAUGGAUGGGGGAGUAGAGGCUGAGAGAGCGUAUCGGGUUAUAUUUUGGGCGUAUGCAGUUAUGGGUGUGGUGAAGAUGGGAUUGGCGUGGGGAUUGACCGAGGAGUGUGAAGUUAGCGGUGGGGAUAGUUCACAGAGGGCGGUGGAGAGGGAGCGGCUUUUAGAAGAGGAUGGGAAGGAGAAGAGGUGGAGGGUGUUGGAGCUUCUGCUCCCAAAGAUGUCGAAAGAGUCACUAUCAAUCCUCUGGAAGCUCUGCCUCCUUUUUUCCAUCGACAGCCUAGCCUCUGGUCUCGCAGCUCCCUCAUGGAUGACUUACUACUUCACCACUAAGCACUCGCUUCCCCCUUCGACUCUCGGAACCCUCUUCCUCUUCACUUCCCUUGCCUCCGCCUCUUCCUCGCUCCUCGCCAUCCCCAUUGCCGCCCGUCUAGGCCUAAUCCGCACCAUGGUGUACACGCACCUUCCCGCCGCUGUUAUGUUAAUGCUUAUCCCGCUGCCCCCGGGCACAGACGCAGGUACCGCAGUCGCAAUGAGCCUUCUCGUGGUCCGCUCGCUCGUGGCAAGCAUGGAUCAAGCACCACGGACAGCAUUCCUAGCAGCCGUCAUGUUGCCGCAGGAGAGGACUGCUGUAAUGGGUGUGGUGAAUACGGUAAAGACGUUUUCGCAGGCAGCGGGACCAGUUGUGACGGGGUGGGCGGGAGGACAUGGGGCUAUGGGUGCGGCGUUCUCCGUAGCGGGAUUCUUGAAGGUGACGUAUGAUCUAGGGCUGUUGACAUGGUUUUUGAGGGGUGGCUCGGCAGCGAGGGGAGGCGAGGGGUAUAGUGUUAUUAGUGGCGAGGAGCAGGAUGGUGCGGAGAUGGUGGAUGUAGAGACGAGUGAGAGCGAGGAAGGCGAGGCUGGACGCAGAUAG